UUUUUUUUUGACAUCCCUAGACCGUAAUAGUUUUUUGAAUGAAUAAUGAGCUCAUUCAUCACUCAAAAAGUCAGUAUAGUAAUACUAAAAUACUGUAAAAGAAACAAAUGGCAAUAGUAAAUUGCCGACAUACCACCAGUAUCUACAAUCUAACGCAUUUUUGAAUUAUUUUAAUGAAUGAGUAGAAUAGUUAGUAGAAUUAGAAGAGAUCAAGUUAGAACAAAAUUAUAGACAUUGAAAUUUUUAAUUUUAUACCAUAAAUGUGUAUGAAAAAAGAAAUUAAAUAAAUAAAGUAUUUUGAAUAAUAUAAAGAAACCAUUUUUAUUUCACAUUUCAUUUCCAUUUUUCAUAAAAGCUUGCUCUUUUCAUCAUUUCCCAGUCAGAAAGCCUAAACCCAGAAAAAGAAAGUCACAAGUUAGUCGCUGCACGGCGUGAUCUGAGGACUAAAUAAAGAUCAAAACUUUCAUCCAACUCUAACAUAAAAUCUCCACAGUUUUCUUGCUUCCUUGUUCGCUCACUAAACAUUAAAGUUUGAAGCUUGGUGAAUUACAGAUUCUAGAAAGGUGAGAACUUGCUUGAUUUGUUUGGAGCAAUUGAUCACUCCCUGAAAGUGUUUGAUAAAAUGGCUCAAUCAAUUGGUCCAAGGCUGUAUAGUUGCUGCAACUGCAGGAACCAUGUAGGACUUCACGAUGAUAUCAUCUCUAAGGCUUUUCAGGGAAGAACCGGGCGAGCAUUCCUCUUCUCUCACGCAAUGAACAUUGUGGUAGGGCCUAAAGAAGACCGGCAUCUUCUAACGGGUCUCCACACCGUGGCUGAUAUAUCUUGUGCUGACUGCAAUGAACCGUUGGGUUGGAAAUACGAGCGAGCCUACGAGACCUCACAAAAGUACAAGGAGGGCAAGUUCAUAUUCGAAAAGGCUAAGAUUGUCAAGGAGGAUUGGUAGUGAAAAGAGCGUGUUGAAUUCAUUAUUGGAUUGACUCAAAACUGUAUAUAGAUAAUUUGGCUUUGAUCGAUUCCAAUCUUUAUGGAUUUCACAAGUCAAGUUAUCAUCCAUUUUUCGCUUUCUUCAUUGUCUCAACGUGCUAAGUAUGUCAGUCUCUUGUUUUCAACUAUGGAUGUGUUCGUUCAAGGUUUCUCUGUUAAUAAAGAUGUUAAUAAUU